AUGAAAAUAUCCAACAAAACCUCAAUUGCAGUCGUUUUAGCGUUGUGGUUGCCGGUGGCGGCUGCUAACUCAAAAGAUGUUUCUCCAAAAAGCUUUAAAAUCAGAUUUGAUGUCAGAAGAGGUUCAGCUAGAGACUUGUUGUCCCCAAUCGGUGAAUCCCGUCCCAAAUUCGUCAAACGUGAUAACGAAGGAUCUUUUGAAAUAGAAUUAGUUAAUGAACAAACGUUCUAUCUUGCCGAUUUAUACAUUGGGUCUAAUGAAGACAAGAAUCAGGUGCUUGUGGAUACUGGAAGCUCAGAUCUUUGGGUCAUGUCCCACGAUCUUGAAUGUUACGCUUCUUACUAUAGCGGAAGAAAAAGAGAUGCUAAAAAUGUACUCCAUGCUGGUACUGGACUCAAGUUUAUUGAUGACAAAGUGGAUAAGUCCAACAAGAAAAGACAACUUGGGGAGAAAGCGCCAGAACCAAUAAAAUCGAGAAAUAGAAUUCCAGAAAAAAGGGCACAAUCAGAUAGUGCUAGAUUCAGCUACACUUAUCUUACUGAUUACCCGGAAGCUAGUCAAUACCCCGAGCCUACAAUUUCAAUUCCGUAUAGUGAUUAUACCUAUGAAUCUUAUAAUGGAGCAGCCACCUGCACGUCCUAUGGUACCUACAACACUGAAAACUCCGACACAUUUUCCCAAAACGAUACUGACCCAUUUGAAAUUAGUUAUGCAGAUGGAACUUUUGCUUUAGGGAUCUGGGGCCAUGACACUGUUAGAAUUGGUAACUUGUCUGUUCGAGAUUUAAGCUUUGCUAUUGCUAACGAAUCCUCUAGUGAUAUUGGGGUAUUGGGGAUUGGGUUGCCGGGUUUGGAAGUCACUCAAGACAUUGGGGGAUACUCAUAUGAGAACUUGCCAUUGAAGAUGAAGUCUGAUGGUGUUAUUAACAAAGCAUUGUACUCAUUGUACUUGGACAAAGCGGAUGCUGACAGUGGCUCAAUUUUAUUUGGUGCUGUUGACCAUGCCAAGUAUGUGGAGACUUUAGAAACUUUGAAGUUGAGAAAUACAUACGAAGAGUAUGACUACCCGGUGAAGUUUGAAGUUGCGGUUGACAACAUUAGUGUCGACAAGAAUGGAAAGAAUACUACCGUCUUGUCGUCUACUACGGGUGCUGUAUUAGACUCCGGUUCAACUUUGUCAUAUUUACGCUCAAACCAAAUUGCAGCCAUUGCUGAAGCCCUCGAUGGGACUUACUCUUCCAGUUCAGAUGCUUACAUAAUUGACUGUGAUUAUGAAAAUGAUCGUUCAACCACUAUAGAUAUUACUUUUGGAAAUAAGGUGAUCAAAGUUCCCGUGGCAGAUUUGGUUCUUGAGUCAUAUUAUGGCUCAACGUGUUAUUUAGGACUUUUCCGACAAUCGUCAAGCACGACAUAUAUUUUGUUUGGUGAUAAUGUGUUGAGGAGUGCUUAUGUUGUGUACGACUUGGAAGACAAUGAAGUUCAUAUUGGACAAGCUUACUACACUGAGGAUGAAGAUAUUGAAGUUGUUGACCAAAGUGUUCCUACUACAGGAGGACAGAAACCUACAUCCACUGAUACUGAUUCGACUGCAACUGGAGCUGAAUCUGGAAGCAGCAGCCGCUCGACAUUGGCAUCUAGAAGUACUGUUGCAGCGGAAUCAAGAACCACCAGUGGAUCAGCAUCUAGAAGCACUAGUGCUUCAGCUUCUGGUAGUAGUAGUGGAUCUGGAUCUGGGUCUGAAACGGGAUCAUCUUCAUCAGCUACAUCUUCAUCAGCUACAUCUUCAUCAGCUACAUCUUCAUCUACAGCUGCAGGUGGAAGUUCAAACGACGGAAUGUCUUUGUUUGCAAAGUCAUGGACUUUCAUGGUCGGAGGAUUAUUAACCGCAGUUGUGAUCAUUAUUUAG